AUGAAUGCCUUCAGUCAACCUCAACAAUUCUUAUCAAUGCUCGAGGCAAUGAUAACAAAGCAGUUAGAGCCAACUAAUCAACUUGUGCAGUCUCAUUCUCAAUCCCUUGCCAAGUUAGAGACUCAAGUUGGCCAACUAGCUCAAGCCUUGAAUAGAAGAGAAGAUGGCAAGAUUCUUAGUCAACCAGUGGCUAACCAAGAGGCGAAGAUUAAUCUCCCAUUGCUUGAUGCAAUUCAACAAAUUCCAGCUUACGCUAAAUUUCUGAAAGAUAUGUGUACUCAGAAAAGGCGUUCAAAUAGUCAUGUUCCUAAGAAGGUACUAUUAACUGAGCAAGUCAGUUCCAUAAUCCAGCACUGCACUGCUCCAAAAUUCAAAGAUCCAAGCGCUCCAACAAUUUCAUGCACAAUAGGGAAUCAUCAAGUAGAGCGAGCUCUCUUAGAUUUGGGUGCAAGUGUAAACCUUCUUCCUUAUUCGGUUUACUUGCAACUCGGAUUAGGAGAAUUGAAGCCUACCUCCACUAUUCUCGAAUUAGCAGAUAGGUCAACCAAACAACCUCGUGGCGUCAUCGAAGAUGUGAUUAUCAAAGUAGAUAAAUUUUACUUCCCAGUGGACUUUAUUGUACUAGAUACCGAGCCAGUUCUGGAGCCAAGGAGGCACAUUCCAGUGCGCUUAAAUAUUUUCAACGCCAGUAAUUGCCCUUCAGAUGAUAAGGAUUGUUUUCUUGUCGAUUCCAUCGAUAAAUGUGUUGAAGAGAUGGCCCCAUUUGCCUUGAAAAAAGAUCCACUAGAAGCAUGCCUGUCUUACUUUGAUGCCGAGUCAUUUGAUGUUGAGAAAAAUAUUAAAGAGGUAAAUGUCAUUCUUGAUGGAGCCAAUAUGCAUAACAUUCCGCCAUGGAAAAUUCCUAUUGAGCCACUUCUACCAUUGUCAAGUGAACCACCUACGCCAUCGUUGAAGUCUCCACCAAAGCUAGAGCUGAAGUCGUUACCUUCUCAUUUGAAGAAUGCAUAUCUUGGCCCAGAAAACACUCUUCCAUUGCAUAAUUCAUUCUCGGAUAAGCAGCUAUUUCAACUUCAGAAAGAGACUUCACCAUGGUAUGCUGAUAUUAGGAAUUGGAAGGCGUCAAGAAAGAAGACAGUUCGGCUGGAUCGGAAGGAUUGGUACAUUGAGGAUUUCAUGCCUACGGAAAGAGUUUAG